AUGAGCUUCUUAGCAUUUAUGUCUAUUUUUCUCUUACAGACUGAAGUGCUUCUAUGCUUGGUCCAAGGAAAUGUGCAUUGCCAUGAAUUCAUUCUUAAAGACACCAAUUUCACAAAGUUAUGUAGCACGAAGAGUGCAUUGACUGUGAAUGAGAGUUUUCCGGGGCCAAUCAUCCGAGCUCAGAAGGGGGAUACAGUGUACGUGAAUGUUUACAAUGAAGGGACGAUAUGGUGUCACUCUACACUGGCAUGGGAUAAAGCAACCAAGAAACCCGUGGUUCGAUGGACCUGA